AUGAAAUUCUUGGGAGUGAUUUUAUGUAUUCAUUGUUUUACAUUGAUUUAUUCUUCCAGACAAUAUUUACUUUCUUCUUCGUACUUCAUUAAACAAGGCCAUGUUUCCGAAAUCACGGAUCUGGGUGUUUUCGCGGUUCACAAACUCGAAAUUCAGUCUCUUUUAGACUGUGCAUUGCAGUGUGGAAUGAGUUUACUUUGUAAUGCAUUUGACCUUUGUACCUUUGACGGUAAUUACACGUGUCGAUUCCGCAGUGGACACGCAAACCUUUCAAAUACUACUACACAAUGUGAACUUUUCAAAAAUACAACUAACAAACACUGCCACAAUGGAGCACUCUUAGGAGCUCAAGGACCGUGUGAGAUCAAUACUGAUGAGUGCCAGAAUUACCCAUGUCUUAACGGAGCCACAUGUACGAACACACCCGGCUCAUUCAAUUGUACAUGUGACGCCGGAUGGACCGGGAUAAUUUGUAAUGAAGAUAUCAAUGAAUGUCUGAACAAUCCUUGUCACAACGGAGGAACAUGCAGUAACAACGCUGGAUCUUUCACGUGUACAUGCGCAGGUGGAUUCACAGGGGCACUCUGUAAUGAAGUUCUGCCGAAUAUCGCAUUAGGAAAGUCUGCCAAACAAUCAUCAACGAAAUCUGACUUUAACGCCGCGUAUGCAGUGGAUGGCAACAGAGGAACAACCUUUCUUCAAGACAAGUGUACACACACAGCUGAUACCGACAUCAAUCCCUGGUGGAGGGUGGAUCUACUGACUGUGUAUUCCAUCACAUCUGUCAGAAUACUUAACAGAGGAAUAGAUCAAUACGGAGAUGUGGCAUUCCGGCUGCAGGAAGUUUCCGUCACAGUUGGGCUGACAGAGUCAGAUGUGAACACUCCCUGUGGUUUCUUUGCUGGUCCCGGUAAAGCGUCAGAGCUGGUCGUCAUCGACUGUACGACAUUACCACGGGGAAGAUUCGUCAAGAUCUCCAAGACAACAGAGUUUCUCACUCUUUGUGAAGUUGACGUGUUUGGCGUCCCCGUCUAAUCAUCAAAUAAUUUGGUGUCAUAGAUGAAAAGUUACCGUAUAAAAAUACAUGCAUUUGUUUGUGCAUCCCUGAUAAUUUAUUAUGUAUCUUUUUUUUUAAUUCAGCUGGACAAGUCUUACUUAUACCUUCAGUCAGUUCAAGCAAACAUAUAUCUUUUACAACAUAUACCACAGCAUACAAUGUGACAUAGCACUGAAAUCUUUUUCCAAUGCUUUAAAAUCCGAUACCGUAACAUAUAAUCUCACGGUUGUCAUUCAUCAUAACAUAGCAUACAGCAUAGUUUAUCACGCUUUUAAAGGAUUUUAUUUUCGAGAAAUAAUGUUCUAACAUUACAGAUCAGUGGUAAGCUUUAGCUUCUUAUCAUUACAAUAAGCACAGCAUGUAGCAUGAAUUAAUAUAAAUGUUAAUAUUACAGAUAAGUAGUACACUUCAGCUUAUCAUUUUUAUUCAAAUGUUUUAAACUCUUCUGUACACGGAGGCGUUUUUAUUCAAAUUUCAUAGCAAACCAUAACAUAUCUUAUCAUAAAGCUUUUCAUUUCAAAUUUUCAUAGCACAGCAUACACAUUUCAAAGCAUGUUAUUAAAAUAGUAUAGCAUAUCAUUGAAAUAAUAACUAUAGCAUAGCAUAAUAAAUAUAAUUUUAAAAGACAUGCAUGAUUUGAUUUUACACAUGUAUAUGUUCGAUAUGUUGCGUGAUGACUCUAUCUCAUCUCAUCUACAUGUAUAAUACUACAUACACUGGAUAUAUUGACUGUGAAUCUUUCAUGUACCUUAAUAUGUAUCAACAUUUACAAAUUUCGUUCGAAUCCAUUCGUGUUGGUGUUUAUUCUGUGUUAUUUGUGUUGUGUCA